UUGUGUAGAACCUUAUACGCGGGUGUUUUCUGUGCAAAGUUCUUGAGAAAUAAACUAAGCUCAGUGCUGCAUAUUUAAACCUUAGAACCAUAAUGAAGGAACCCAACGCAGUGGUGCACCCAGGUUAUAAUGCACUUAUAAACACUUAAUAAGCACUCUGGUCAGAUAUUCAGUCUGUACAGGGUUUUUGGAAUUUUGUUUGUGAUUGUUGUGGCCAAAAUUGCUUGCUUUUGCAGCUGCUUUUUUCAAAACUUUGCGAUGCAAUUUCCAGAGAUCUUUGUGCGUUUUUUUUUGCGGAAAACUGCUUGAAUUUGCAAAAUUGCAAUCACACGGACUCGUUUUGCAUGCUCUUUCACAGUGAUGUUUGUUGGUAAACAAGACCUUUUCGCGGUACUUGUUUGAUGUACGUGAAUGGAAGAGCUCUUUGGCUGAAUGUGCGUUGUGAUAAGGUUAUAUGACGAGUGUCGGCCCGAAUCUGUGGAAAAUCUGUGGUAAUUUAGAAAUAUUGAGAGCUCUUUCUUAUUUUUGUGUUAAUUUCUGCAAUUGCAAAAUCCUGGACUGGGAAACUCAGAAAAAUCCUUCUUUUAAGGGUUCUUUAGAAGUUCUUAAUCAUUCUCCUUGGGAUCCUUUCUGAUGGAGAAACACCCUGCUGUAGGGUUUUACACGGAGCGAUGUCUACCAAGGGACAACCGAAGAACACGUUCAGGUUCUAGAUUUGAAACUGUAAUAUUUUUAAAGUGUACUCAUCAACGCUGUUAUUGUUCUGAGUUUCUGAUGUCAUCUGAUUUGACAGCAGCAGGGAUGUGAAGUUUAUUUAAAGAACCUGUUGUAUCUUCUCACCAUUACACACAGUGUUGAUGGAACCGGGGCAGGGAGUGUUUGGGGAUUGCUCUUGGGUCCAUGUUACCCUUCAGGCAAAAUCAACUGAACAUUUCCGUGGUGGUGCCGGCCGUAGCGCCAUGGCUCAGACCCUUCAGAUGGCGAUCCCCAACUUCGGCAACAACGUCCUGGAGUGUCUGAAUGAGCAGCGGCUGCAGGGCCUGUACUGCGACGUGUCCGUGGUGGUGAAAGGCCAUGCCUUCAAGGCACAUCGGGCCGUACUGGCGGCCAGCAGCGCGUACUUCCGCGACCUCUUCAACAGCGGCGCUGGUAGCAAGGCCCCGGCCGUCGUGGAGCUGCCACCUGCCGUACAGCCUCAGAGUUUCCAGCAGAUCCUGGCCUUCUGCUAUACGGGCCGCCUCAGCAUGAAUGUAGGAGAUCAGUUCCUCCUCAUGUACACCGCUGGCUUCCUGCAGAUCCAGCAGAUCAUGGAGAAGGGCACAGAGUUCUUCCUGAAGGUCAGCUCACCCAGCUGCGACUCUCAGGGCCUUCAUGUUGAGGAGACGCCGCCAUCUGAACCUCAGAGUCCCGUUACUCAGACGAACGCCAGCGUCUCGGCUAAUGGAGGAGGAGGGGUGGCGGUCACGGCCACCAGUCGCCCCGCCUCCUGCCUCACCCCGCUGCCUCUGGUGUCCCGAGUGAAGGCGGAGCAGCCCGAGGUCUCACCCUACUCGGUGGUCUGCACUCCUGUGGCGAAGCGUCUUUGGGAGGGCGGGAGUCGGGAUGGUACCGGAGCAUCCGGAGGAUCUGGGGGGCGCAAAACGGCACGAUUUUCCCAAGAGAUGGUGCGCAGUAGCGCAAUCCAGCCACAGGGACUGGCUGUAGGGUUGGCCGUAGCACAAGGAGGCCACACUGCUAACAUUAACGGCAAUGGGAACGGUUCUAGCAGCAGCGCCACCCCUGAGGGCACCAGCCCUGGCACCGUGAGCGCCUACACCAGUGACUCGCCCAUCUCUUAUCACGAUGAUGAGGAGGAGGAAGAGGCUGCAGAGGACGGCGCUGAGGAACAGUACAGGCAGAUCUGCAACAUGUACACCAUGUACAGCAUGCUCAACAUGGGUGCCACAGCGGGCGAGCGAGUAGAGGCUCUGCCGGACCACUCGGAGACUCGGAGUCGGAUGCGUGGUCGUCAGGACCUGGCGUCUCUCCCCGCUGAGCUCAUCGCUCAGAUUGGAAAUCGCUGCCACCCCAAACUGUACGAGGAGGGCGACCCGGCCGAGAAACUGGAGCUCGUCACAGGAACUGGUGUGUUCAUCUCCAGAGCUCAGCUGAUGAACUGUCAUGUCAGCGCAGGAACCCGACACAAAGUCCUACUGAGGAGACUGCUGGCUGCAUUCUUUGACAGGAGCACUCUGGCGAACAGCUGUGGGACGGGGAUUCGCUCCUCCACUAAUGACCCGAGUCGUAAACCGCUGGACAGUCGUGUCCUCCACGCUGUUAAAUAUUACUGCCAGAACUUUGCAACGAGCUUUAAGGAGAGUGAGAUGAACGCCAUCGCGGCAGACAUGUGCACUAAUGCUCGGCGCGUGGUGAGGAAGAGCUGGAUCCCCAAACUGAAGCUGCUGAUGGCUGAGAGCGACGCUUACGCAGGCUUCCUCCCUGACGCCGUCAAGAUGGAGGCCGAGGCUCUGGGUGCCGACCCUGCCUUCGAGGCGGCCGAUCUAGAGGGCGGGGCUUCUCUGGAAACCACCCCCUCAUCCGGUGAAUCACUGCAAGGCGUGGCUGGAGACACCAGUGCUCUGUUCCAAUGAGUGGGCCUGAAUGAAGAAGCCCCGCCCCCGACCCAUGUCCCUGUCUCCGCCCUGCAUCCUGUCCAUGUGACUCUGUAGGUGCGGUUUAACAAAGACGCUUUUUCUUUUGUUCUUCUUCUUUUUUUGUUUUUUGUUUUUCUUUUGUUUUUUUUACUUUUUUCCCCAAAUAACCCAUUUUUUGCACAGAAGCCCCUCCUUUUCUUCACGCUUUAUAAAUCUGUAUAUCAUGUGACACUUCUGUUUUUGUAGUUCGCCUCCAUAUCACACACACACACACACACACACACACUCUCCCCCACAUUAACACUGUAGUCGAUUAGUUGAAUGUAAAUGUCUGCAGCACCACUUGAUGGUGUCGAGACUCGCCGAUUGUAUUUUGGCCGAGAGAGUCAUAGUCACUGUAGAGAGACAGCAAGACAGACAGGUGUAGGCGGUUCCUCUGUCUCCAAUUUGGAAAGAAUUUAUUCUCCUCCUCCACUUUACCGAUAAAUUUAAAGCAGAUGAAAAAGAAAGAAUUCUGCCCUUUGUUUCUCUCUUUGUCUGUCUGUCUGUCUGUCUGUCUCUCUCUCUCUCUCUCCCACAUCUGUGUGUUAUUUGUCUUGUGUGUGGUGGCUCCAGAGCUGUCGUAAGGUUUCGGUCUGUAGAGAGUGACAGAUGCGUCGUAUUUUAAUAUUUAUCUUCUUUCAGAUUGGUCGUGUGAAAUGAGAGGCAGAUUUUGUUUCAAACCUUUUUGUGGAUUUUUUUUUUCCUCUUUUGUUUUCACCAAAGUGUUUAAGGCGUGUGUUGCUGUGGGGUUGUAGGAGGACGUGAAGGGAGAAAUAAUUUUUACAUACUGAUGUCUUUUAGAAAGAACGGUGCUCAUACCUGAUUGGCUGUGAGAAAUCGCUCCUCUACCUUGGCUCUGUUUAAUCUGAUUCACUGAUUCAGUUUCUGACACACGUUGUGUUUGUGUUUAACACACCCUCGUCCACUUCCCCUAAAGCCUCUUGACUCACACACCACCGCUGUUUCACUCUAGCUCUAAUAUAGUGUUGUGCUGAUGUGUGUGAGGAUUUUCUCUUUUAAACUGUGUACUGAGUCAUCUAUCUGAUUCACUAUGAAUCACUUUGAAUCAAAACUCAGUAACUGACCCCUGAAGCUCCAAUUUGAUUUCAGGAAGUAAAAUGUUAACGUGUAAAAGAUGAAAAGUUGACAUCACAACUAUGUUUAAUAUUUUAACACCAACCAGUCAGGACAAGGAGGCGGGUCUACUUGCAUGUUAAUCAUGUUUUCUGUAACUCCAGAAAGCUCCAUCCUCUCGCACUAACAAUCAGGCGUUUCAGUUGAGGUGUCUUUCGUGGGCGUGGCUUUGCACAGGUCCCUGUAGCUUUAGUUAGCCUCUGUCUAAACCUCUGAUUGCAGCUUUAAUUAUUUUAUUACUUUAAUUAAUUUUAAAUUGCUCUGCUCCCACAUCUGACGAAUUUUAGUAUUAUAUUAGAUUUUGUUUUGACUCAAUUCAUCUUACAUCUUACAAUCUCCACUCGAGGGCAAGUGUACAGGAGUGUGAUAAAGACAUGCUGGAGCUGUGUGUGUGUGUGUGUGUGUGUGUGUGUGUGUGUGUGUGUGUGUGUGUGUGUGUGUGUGUGUGUGUGAGUGAGACCCUGUUUGGCUUCGCUGUGGCCUCCUAUCCUUGUGUACAUGUAAACACACACACAUUUGACCCAGGGGGAGGGGAAAGCUGUGCUUCCUAUUGUUACAAUCAUCCUGCUGUCUUAAAGACAAGGUGUGUGUGUGUGUGUGUGUGUGUGUGUGUGUGUGAGCGAGCGAGAGAGAGAGAGAAAGAGUUCGGGGGUUUACAAUGUCUGUGUGCCAGGAGAGAGCGAGGGUGUGUGUGUCUGUGUGUUAUAGAGCUGCUCUGUAUGUCCCUGUUUGGGCAGCUGUGUGUGUGUGUGCACAUUCCUUGCACAUAGUUGGCUCUGUGUGCUUGCAUGUGGGUGACGCCUGAUUGAGAUUUAAGGUGUGUUUGUUUCUCCUGUGCAGUGUGUGUGUGUGUGUGUGUGUGUGUGUGUCUGGCACUGGGCAGGGCUUUUUGGAAGCGUUACAGUUGAAAGCUUUUUGACUUUGCAUAGAAAUGAUGUCUGAAGUUUCUGUCAGAGGCAGAGCUGCAGUUCGUUAUCAUCAUGCCAUCCGGCUUCACUUUAUUCUCUAAUUAAACACCUUAUUUUCAUCAUUCAGCGUCACAUCCUGCUUCUCAUCCUCACCACUCCUUCCCUCCACACCACAACACCGUCUACUUACCUUUUCCACAGUGUGGUUCAGUUCUUGAAUCUGAUUGGUCAGAAGGUGUGUGUUAUUUCUGUAUAUCAGUUACUGCUGUAACGUUAAUCACAGGUUUAUAUUAAUGUGCUCGUUUUAAUACGUUAUCGUUUCUAUAGUAACAGCUCAUUCACAGGGACGUGUGCAGCAGACGCUCUACAUAAACAGAUUAAAAAAUGCGUGUAAUCGUUGACGUGGUGAAGUUUUCUAUAAGGAGAAAUGUGUUUAUGUAACAUGUAUGGAAGGAGUCUCCAUUGUCAACGCAUUGUAACAGUCAGACAUAAAGCUGUAACUUCAGGACAGAACUUUACACUUCUUUCUGUUUUCUCGCUAACAUGAGUAACAAAUUGUGAUUUUUUUUUGUCAUAUUAACUCGAAGAGAGAGAAUUACGAGAGGCUGGUGAGGGAACGACUGUUUAUAGCUGCUAUAACAUAAGUGACAACAGGGCCUAACUCAUUUCACCAACGUUAAACGUAACUAUAAACGGAUAAGAAGCGUGACGUCAUUCGAUAAUAAAUUAGAAAUUCUGAUUGUGGGUAAAUUGCUGUGGUGUAAGAGGACUAACAUGCUUCGGGCAGUGCCGUUAUAGGAAACUAAUCCACUUCAGGUUAUAAUAAUAAUAAUAAUAAAUGAUCCACAGUUUGGUUUAAUACUGCAAGUGAUUAAAUAAUCCGAAACGUAAAAAAAACGCAUUACCAAGUGCGUGUACAAAUUGGAAAAAAGGCCCCCUAGCCCCCAGCGCUGCAGCUCUGCUUUUGCUCAGUUUAACGUGGCAGAAAUAAUCUGCACACUAAACUAAACACACGGCAUGUUUGAGUCGCUUCCUGCAGUGAGUCGAUUUAGUCAAAUCACUUUCUUCACUCGGAAGCGGAUGGAGACCAGCGCGCUCAGACCCGACUGCCAUCAAUGUGUUCUCACCUGACUAAAGAACCGCCCUGAGGACCAGGACACUCCUGGGUUCUGUUCAUACACUAAACACUGUGGAUACGAAGGAACACUCAGACAUGCCGAACAUUUAAGAACUUUAAUCUUAAACUCAUCUUCACACAAGAACCAUUUUUAUUUACACUUAUACACCCCGAGGCCGAAUCUCAAACUACAUCCUGUUCAUUAUACCUGAUGACUAGGUACAUUAUAUGUUACACACCCUACAGAGUGCAGUAGAUGUCUGAUCAGGGCCUGUUGAAAUGAACUAAUUGCAUGUUUAGGAAAUGUCAAUAACGUUCAGGAUUUAUAGAAGAAGUGUCUCGAAAUUCAAUUUAAUAAGAAACUUGUCUUUAGAGGACUAGAAUUAGAAGGUAAGGUCUUUAACGUUUCACUUAGAGGUUUUUAUGUGUGUGUGUGUGUGUGUGUGUGUGUGUUAAUAUUCUGAAAUGUAUUGGAACAGUGAAAGGCUAAUAGAAAAAAAAACAUUAAUAGACUUUUCAUGAGUAUUAAAGUUUUAAAAAGAAGUGAUAUUUUAAAAAAAAAUCAUGAUGAAGUGGCACAGAGAGUGGAGAAAUAAUUUAUAAUCACACCCAUCCUGAGCAGACUGUGGGGUGCCAAUACAAUUGUACGUUCAGUAAAACCGAUCAGCAAUUUACAUUGUGAUUUUCCAAAAAGUCUUUAUUGUCCAAAACAAGUCUCCAAGAUACCUGUUAGUGGUACUGUGUGUGUGUGUGUGUGUGUGUGUGUGUGUGUGUGUGUGUGUGUGUGUGUGUGUGUGUGUGUGUUACAGAGGUAAAUGGAGCUUUGCACCUUCUUUUUGUAGGAGACUGGAUUUUGUGCACCUUGUUUUUAUAGCGAAUUGGUCUGUAGGAGUUUGGGAAUAAGUGUGUGUGUGUGUGUGUGUGUGUGUGUGUGUGUGUGUGUGAGCGGGAGAGGGGAGGAGCCUAUCUGAUCCCUGAUGUAAAUAUUGAUGAGACUGUUGAAAAGAUUUUUCUGACUGUGUUUAUUUUUAUUUUUUUUUCCAGUUGAAUGAUCAGUGGAGAUCUCUGGAGCUCUGAUGUUGAUGAACUUUCACACUUUUUUUGUUUUUUAGUGUUUUGUUCUUUCUGCAUCUGAGUUUUAACCCGAGUUUGCGCUUCCCAGAUCAAUAAUCAGAUGUUAGACCUGAGAGUAAGACUGUACAGCAGGAAAACAGCUGUACCCAGAUGUUUCCUUAAUAAGGUUAUAGAGUAGCACAGCUGUUUUUGUUUGUUUGUUAGUUUUUGUUGUUUAACAGCAAACGUGUGAUCUGUAACUAAUCCGCAGUGAGAGUGGAGUUGCUGAGUCUUUUGUAAGAAUAGGAAAAGGAGAAAUGUUGACCUGUUUGAGGUAUUUUUGAUAAUUUUGAGUUAGUUUUAAGGAUCCGAGGCUGUUUCUGUUUCUGUGGCCUCCAUUUUGAUUUACACACACACACACACACACACACACACACACACACACACACACACACACACACACGCCCCCUGCUGUACAGUCUCGUGCACUACACACAGUGGACUCCAGAGGGCGCUGUGUUCACUUUAACUCUUUACCAGAUGUUACACAGAGGAACACAUUUUAGACUUUGUUUACAUUAUUUUGAGGAAAGAGACAAAACGAUGUUGCCUGAUGUUCUGGGUUUAUUUUAGUUUUGUAAGUUGCCUAAAGAGUGUGUUUUUAUAUGACAGAGGGACCAGAGUCGUGCUGAGCGGAAGUGUCAUUUUAUUACUUUAUCGUUUUUACUGUCUAAUCUGUCUCCGUGCCUAAAAAUGCACCUUUUUAAUCGGGGAGGGGGGUUUAUUUUUAUUUUAAUGUUCCCGAAUCAUGGCACCUUGAUGACGGCGUCUUCGAGGCCGGAGACUGAAGCAGUGUGAGAGUUUACUGACCCCUAAUCAUUGUAUUUUAAACCCCACCCCUUUUUUCCUUUUUUCAAAUCCAUUCUGGGCUGCUGUGCAUUCUGGGACAGCGACCGAGGACUGAGUGGUGUGUUUAUCAUAUCAAUCAAAUCUCACAUACAUACACACACACACACACACACACACACACACACUCACACACACUCGUCUCUGCAGUACCUCUUCUGUUCCCGUGUACCUCAGAAUCCUGCCUUUAACCAGUUUUCCUCAGCGUGCAGUCGGAGUGGUAAAAUCUACAUAACUGACAUUUUGUAAUAAAUAAAUAAAUAAAUAAAUAAAUCUACUGGACGGUGGAGAAGAGGACUAUGUGUACAGAUGCCGUGAGCCGUGCUGAGGUUUAGGGAUCAGUGAUGUUUCACGUUAAUCUGCACACAAGCAGAAGUGUAAAAUCUUUUUUCUAAAAAAAACAAAACAAUGCAUUGAUGUGUGUUCACUUUCUAUAACUACGAACCUGUACAAUAUAGAAUGAUCCAUACAUAUAAACAUACAGAAAUAUAUAAAUAUAAAUAUAUAUACAUACUGUACAUUCUAUAGAAGAACUAAUGCGAUUUACUGAUUGUUCGUCGUGCACUCACAGCAUGAGUUGUAACCCAGAAGCUGCUUCGAGUCCAGCGCAGCCGUGUCUGUCCCCCCCCGCCCCACCCCACCCCCCUGACUUGCCCACACAGUGACCCUGUAAUGCCCGUGUCCUAUCAUGCCAUUCAGUCUGUGUUCAGAGUGCCAAUAACUUUGUGAAUCCCUAACUGUGACCCGAUAUUAUCAAAGUAUAAUUGCACAUUAACUACUGUAAAGAGAAAAAAUCAAAAUUGAAAGAAAACAUCUGGAUAUCUUAAUAAAAAAUGUUUGUAACAAA